AUGGAUGUGAAUGUGGACUGGAACUCUGAGAAUAACGUUCAUGACACAGGUGAGAAGCAUUUGCAUUACUCCAGGCAGACCACUAAGCCAGUGUGCCACACACCUAGCCUUCAGAAGGAGGUAGAUAUGAAUUACUCGCAGACAUGCAGUCCUCAUUGCAACUCUACUGGACCUUCAGGUAAGCAGGAGCUUCCUGCAGAGUUGCAGUGUGAAGACAAAGAAGCCUAUGAGACCUACUACCAGAAACAAGGUGAGAGUACAGCUGGAGUCUUUGUCCAUCCCAGUACUGACUUUGACCUGCGGUGUGAAGAUAAAGAUUUAGAGCCCCGUUGCUCUGAGCAGUCCAAGAAACCACAGCGACUAUGUGAUGACAAUGAAAGCACCGUUCUUGCUGAUGUGUUUGAUGAGGACCUGGAGCCUGUCUCUGAGGAAGCUUUGCCGUAUCGGUGCAAGAAGUGCAGCUCUUCUUUCCAGGCCGUGAGCGAGCUGCAGGAGCACAAGCAGACUCACCUGCUGGAAAACUCCUACCGGUGUCCCGUCUGUGCCAAAGAGUUCUUCCGUGCGGCUAACCUGCGCAUGCACAAGCUCAUCCAUUCCAGCGACCGGCCGCACAAGUGUCCCGAGUGCGACAAGGGAUUCAUCCGCACCGCCGACGUCUGGAGGCACUUGCGCAACGUACACAAGAUAGAGCGCUCCAUGGUCAUCCUGGGCAAUGGCAUGGCCAGGAACCCAUGGUCCAUAGUACACCGCAACCAGCAUGCUGUGGAGUACGCCGAGCAGCCUUGUGCUGAGAACCGCAAGGCUGAGGAAGAUGACUAUAAACCUUACGCCUGCCCGACGUGCGGCAAAGGUUUUGAUAAGCCCAACCUGCUUUCCAAGCACAAGGUGAUCCACCGGCAGGACAAGCCCUAUAAGUGCCAGGAAUGCGGCAUGGCAUUCGUCCAGCUGCUCAGGCUGAAAAGACACCAGCAGACUCACUCUGGGGAGCGCCCCUUCUAUUGUGAGGAGUGUGGAGGGACGUUCACCCGGCUGGCAUCGCUGCAGCGCCACCACCGCAUCCACACAGGGGAAAAGCCCUACUCUUGCGGUUACUGUGGGCAUUCCUUCACUGAGUCGGGUACCCUGCGGAGGCACGAGCGCACGCACAAACCGGACAAAUCGUAA